GGAUCCAUGAAAUCAAUCAGCUCUUCUUUCUGGGGCUUCAGUGGCAUUUGAACAGCUUUGACAUUUCAGUGCAGCUGCAAGUGGAGUUUUAGGGGAACACUGGGAGCUCUGUUGAAGCAGCAGCAUGUUGAGGAUAUGGUUGUUGGUCCUGGUGCUCUGCGCUGGGAGCUCGCGGGCCUUUUGGUUUUUCGCUCAAGAAACCACAGAGGCCCCAAGAGAGACCAGAGGAACCACAGGUUCUACCACAACGAACGCUGGUAGCAUCAAGGCAAAGGAAACAAAGGAGAACACCACCUUGUCCAGGGUGGGGGAAGAAAUCAUCAAUGUGGCUACAGGUAUUCAGAAGUUUGUCAAGGACUGGGAUGCUACCCCAACCACCUGGACUACCACGGAGGCUGACACAAAGAAGACCGAAAAGCCCCAUUGGAUGGGAAAAACAGAAGAAAGUGGCGUUUCUUUGCUCCAGCUGAUUGGAGAUACUCCACCAGAAGGGAUUACUAAAGUCACCACAGAGGAAGGAGUCGCGUACGAGUUCAGCUCCUCGGCAGUCAUGGGUCAGCUAGCCGUGGUUCAUGUCCCCAACCCUUUUUUCCGUCACUUUUCCCUCAUCUUUCACAUCAAGCCCUCCAGCCCCGCCGCCUCAGUCCUCUUUGCCAUCACAGAUGGCUCCCAGGGCAUCAUGUACAUCGGGGUCAAGCUGGGUCCAGUUCAGUCCGGUAGCCAAACGUUGCAUUUCUUCUACACCGAGCCGGACUCGGGGAGUUCCUAUGAGGCAGCCAGCUUUGACGUGCCACCGCUGGUAAACACCGAGAGUCAUUUUGCGCUCUCCGUCUAUGAGGAUGCGGUGUCUUUCUUCAUGGACUGUGAGGAGGUGCCUCAGGUGGUGAAGUUCGAGCGAUCACCAGAUCCCAUGGAGCUCGAUAAGGCCGCUGGGAUCUUUGUCGGCCAAGCAGGGGGUGCGGACCCAGACAAGUUUGAGGGCACAAUGUUUGACUUCAAACUGGUAGGAGAUCCUCUUGCAGCUGAGCGUUUCUGCGACUCUGAUGGCUACCCAGGCGAAAGUUCUGGGGAUCUUGGCAGUGGAGAUAUGGAAAAGAAGGAUCAAGUAAAGGUAAAGAACACCGUACUCCCUCUCCACCCGGUUCCUGAACCCCCAUUUUUACCCUCGAAAGUCUCCAAAACAGGUCCCAGCAGAGCUAAAGGUGAGAAAGGUGACAGAGGACAGAAAGGAUCAAAGGGAGAUCGAGGCCCCUCGGGACCAAAGGGAGAGCCCGGUUUCAGCUCAGGUACUGGUUUCUCUUCACAGGGAGGAACUCAAGGACAGAAGGGAGAAAAGGGAAGAAUGGGUAUUCCUGGUACUGGAUACCCUGGUAAGACUGGAAUGCGUGGUGCUCAAGGACCUCCCGGACCUCCCGGUCCCCCGGGACCUGCAUCCGAGAUGACCAAACUUGAAGACGGCACUGUAGUGCAGAAGGUGGUCGGGCCACCGGGACCAGCUGGGCCGGCUGGUCCUGAAGGACCUGCGGGGCCUUCAGGGGAGGAUGGAGAGCCUGGUGAUCCUGGAGAGGAUGGAAAACUUGGACCUCCUGGUCCUCAAGGUGUUCCAGGAAUUCCAGGUAUUCCUGGUAUGAAGGGUGAAAAGGGUGAAGCUGGUGAAGGUCAACCUGGACCCAGAGGCCCCCCAGGUCCACCAGGACCUGGACCUGACAGAGGAGAUGUCCCUACAUUUGUUGACAUGGAGGGUUCAGGGUUCUCACACUUAGGAAGAGUCCAGGUUGUUCGUGGCUCACCGGGUCCACCAGGUCCUCCUGGCCCUCCUGGACCUCCAGGGGUCUCUAGUACUGGAUCGGUGGGACCUGAUGAAGCACCUGGUCUUCCAGGCCUCCCCGGUCGACCUGGUCCACAAGGACCCAGUGGAGAAAAGGGUGAUAGUGGUGAACUUGGUCCUCCAGGACCAACUGGAGAAAAGCAAGACGAACAAGACUCCAACUUUUUCAACACCUUCUUUUCCUAUUUUGCUCCAUCUUCUACGGGAUCACAAGGUGAUCCAGGCCAGACUGGUACACCGGGUUUGACGGGUCUGGCAGGUCUUCCCGGUCCCAUGGGACCAGUUGGGCCUCCAGGCCCCCCUGGACCACCGGGGCCACCUUAUCAUGGUGACCUUAAUGGCUUACCUGGACUCAGAGGUCCCCCUGGACCUCAGGGCCCACCUGGUAUUGCAGGUCUUCCUGGUAAGCCAGGUUUGCCUGGUAGCCAUGGAAACAAAGGGGCUGAUGGUCCACGAGGUCCUCCUGGGAUCCCCGGGGCAAAUGGAUACCUGGGACUGCCAGGUCUAAAAGGAGAUCCCGGGGAGAAAGGAGAAAGGGGUCUCCCUGGACGAGAUGGCGGGCCACCCGGACCUCCAGGGCCUCCUGGAGUUCCAGGAGAGUUUACUUACGUGUCAGGAAGACAUCAGAUUACGGAACAAAAAGGAGAUAAAGGGGAUCCAGGUCCUCCAGGAUAUGCAGUGAAGGGAGAGAAGGGGGAACCCGGCAUCAUAAUGGGGCCUGAUGGGAAUCCUUUAUACUUGGGAGGCCUGUCAGGAAAGACGGGGGACAAAGGACUCCCUGGCCCAGUUGGACCCCCUGGUCCUUAUGGCCCUCCAGGUAUAAAGGGAGAGAUCGGGCUCCCUGGAAGACCGGGACGUCCAGGACUGAAUGGUGCCAAAGGAGAAAAAGGAGAUUCAGACACAAGAUAUCCAUAUAAUAAUCGUGUUCAGGGUCGCCCGGGUCCUCCAGGACCCCCCGGACCUCCAGGACCUCCUGGGCUUCCUGUCCCCAUUGAUGGAGCUCAUGGAUAUAAUGAGAAUAAUAGAUUUUAUGCUGCUAAAGGGGACAAAGGGGAUCGAGGACCUCCAGGACAAUUAGAGAUUCCAGGUUUUGGGUCAAGCUUUGACUUUUACACGUUAAAGCGUGAGCUGAAAGGUGAGAUGGGCUUGAAAGGAGAGAAAGGGGAACCAGCUGGUGGAUACUAUGACCCAAGAUAUGGAUAUGGCGCCGCUGGCCCUCCAGGGGUUCCUGGACCGCCUGGACCCAAAGGUGACUCAAUCAUUGGUCCACCGGGGAAUCCAGGGCUGCCUGGGCAACCAGGAAGAGGUUAUGAUGGUCGACCCGGACCUCCAGGCCCACCAGGUCCUCCAGGACCAUUGCUGACCGGCCCGUACGACCGCAUACAAACCGUGAGUAUUCCUGGCCCCCCAGGACCACCUGGAGCUCCAGGACAUCCCGGACUCUCUUCUGGUGUGACAAUGUUGAGAUCUUACGAAACCAUGGCGGCAACAGGGAGGAGACACCCUGAAGGUUCGCUGGUGUACAUUAUUGACCGGAGAGACCUCUAUCUACGAGUCCAAGACGGAGUCCAACAAGUCCAGCUUGGGAACUACAUCCCCUUACCAAGUGUAGAUGAUAAUAGGGUUGCAGUUGUGGAAGCUCCUCACACUCCAUACUCGUCGGAUCACUCCAGAACCCCGACCCAUGUGGACCCACCCAACCCUCCCUACAACGAUCCACGAUACCUCCCUGAUUCCAGGCAGAACUUCGAUUCCCGGUACCCUUCGCGGACGAAUCCCAGCUAUCCGAUUUCUGCAGAUGAACGCUUGUCAUACCACCAACACAACGGCAGAAGAGCGCUUCACGUAGUUGCCCUCAACACACCUCAAACCGGAAGCAUGCGCGGCCUCAUUGGCGUCGACGCCAUGUGCUACAAGCAGGCCCAGGCCAUAAAGUUGAAGGGGACGUUUCGGGCCUUUUUAUCCUCAACACUUCAGGAUCUCUACAGCAUCGUCCACAGCGCUCAAAGAAGCGGCGUACCCAUCGUCAAUCUGAAGGAUGAGGUUCUCUUUGAUAGUUGGACCGACAUGUUUAAAGAUCGCAGAAUGAACGAAAACGUCUCCAUCUACUCGUUCGACGGCAAGGAUGUUCUCAGAGACGACACAUGGCGGGAGAAGAUGGUGUGGCACGGGUCGACUCGCGAGGGGCAGCGUGACGUGAACCACAUGUGCGAGUCGUGGCGCGUCAGCGAUCAGGCAGUGACGGGCAUGGCGGCCUCACUUCUGCGAGGCAGCUUCACGCAGCAAAGCCCCAGCAGCUGCUCCAGCUCCUACGCGGUGCUGUGCAUCGAGAACAGCGUCACAGAAUACUGACGUGCGUACGAUGAGGCGGACAAGCGCCACACGGUCCAUGGACACUUUCAAACCUAGCUUGACAGUUAUAUUUGUAAUGCUCUGUAAAUAUAUGUUUUUAAAUUUUGAAUUUUAACACAUUAUUAAUUCUAGCUUGAAUUUCAUGUAUGCUAACAAACUAUAUGUACUUCUUUUACACAUAUAAAAAUGGCACUGGAGCAGGGGCAGAGCUACAGGGGGCAUUGGGGGGUGGGGCUUCCAGUAAAAAAUGUUGCCCCUCAAUUUUUGAGUCAGUAUUAGUAUCAUUAUUGACAAAGAUUUAAAAAAAAAACAUCAAUACCUGCUUCUUUAUGCAUUGAAAAAAGGGUAACCAAACAGGGAAGUUGGAGGCUGACUCCGCCCACAGCCAAAAUGAUGGGGUGGGGCUUGGGAAGAGGAUAGUUAUCAUUACAGGAGCUGCAGAUCAUGACGUGGGACUUAAAUGGUUUGACCAAUCCCGAAAAUCAACUGUAAUACCAUGAUUCAACCUGUAGGGGGCAGCACAUAGGCUAUUUUUGACUGUAUUUUCAAGUUUUACUGUAAUUUUGACAAACAUACAGCACCUUUAAAGUCCCAUUUAUAGAGGUCAACAACUAAAAAAAAAACCCUUGAUUUAGGGUUUGGUUACUCUUUAACCUUCCUCUUGUAUUAACUUUCAGUGUUAACGGGUCAAUUUUGACCCGUGUCUCAAAUCAGCUUUAAAAUACACUAAAAACAAUCAGUAAUACUUUUUUUUUUUUUUCGGUCAUCUCUUGGUUAUCUUGUUAGGCUUCCUUAUCAAUGAAAGUAUUGGUUGUAUUUUAAUUUUUUUGUUGGUUUAUGGAGGCUUUAAAAAAGUAUAUGCCUCAAAAUAUCAAUAAAAAUAAAUAAAGUAACCUCAAGAGAAUCAUAUUAAUAAAACAAAUGUACUUGAAUUUUACUGGCAGUAAAAUGUGUAGAACAGAUCUCUGAAAUGAAUUAGCCUGAUCUAUUGGAAAUUCUAAACUCUAGUUACUUUAAUGGUGUUAUGGGUCAGUUUUGACCCUUGCACAUUUUCUUCAAGAACGUGAAAAAAUGCAUAAAUAUUUUUGUGAGCAAUAGAACUUUAAUCCAAACACAUUGCUACAAUAACAACCAUCAAAAGUAUUAGAAAGCUAAUCAGAGAACAUGUCUGGACAUGCCUGAGUUUGUUUAUAUUGUAGCUAUACUGGACUAAAGAUCACAUGAUUUGUAUGAUUUGAUAUGUUUGAUGAAAUCUACUAAUUAUAUUAAUUUUGGCUCUAAUUACUGGUUUAUAAUAUAUAUUUUUAAAAAUCAGUUCAUAAUUGACUCUAACACUAGAUUUUUAGAAUAAAGGAAUACAUCAAUUUAUUGAAAUCAAGGUUCCUGACAAAGUGUUCACAGCUUUGAUGGAAUAAAUUAACUUUAAGUGAUUCUUUUCUGCACUUAAAAACUGAAACUGGUCGGUGCCGACUUUAACAUAUUCAAUUAAGUGUUAGAAACACAUUUUUGUCCUUUUGUUUUAAGUCUUUCGCUACUCUGUCCUCAUUUCCCUUCCACAGUCUUCUGCCCCCACAUAAAAUGUUUUAGCUCCGCCCCUGCACUUGAGUAAUUGUGUUUUUUUUCUUUGUAACAAAAUGUUUAAACAAAAAAAAAUCUCGUUUUUACAGUAAUAUUUUCUUCUAAAACGACAGUAUUUGAUGUUUUUACAAACCAUAACUUUAUAGUUUACAGCAAUCAAAUGUCUGUACAGAUAUCUGACAAGAAACCAUCCAUAAAUGUGUCUGUCUCUAUUGUUUUUCCUGGACAUGCAGAAGGAUAUAUGCUCUUUUGUAAAAUAAAAUCUGUGAUUGUUUCUUAAACAAAAGAAAUAAGAGUUUAAAUGAUG